GAGUUCCUCCUUUCGCCAUUCCGGGGUGUCGCCGCACCACAGAGCGCACUGAGGGAGUCCUGCGAAGAGAGGCAGCCCAGUACGCUCCAGGCCUCUUCACACCUUCAUCCAGGCCACACGGUUCCCCAGCAUGCCCCAGAAGACAGGUAUCCGCUCAUUAUUUCCCCAGAGACCCGCCGCAGACCUCCUCAGCAGCCCCGUUUGAAAGAUUACGGCGACACCGAGGGAUGCUACUGCAGCAAACGCACCCCGCAACUGCAAACAUUCUCGACGUCUGCCCGAGGACCAGAUACAUUUGGUUGGCCCCUGACAGAAGCCCCCGAGGAUGUCCGACAGCGGUGCGAGCAUGAACUCCGACGAUCGGCCGGUUAAAACGGUCCCCUUCCCCCUGAGCCACAGGCUCUCCAUGAAGGAGGUGUUUGACUGUGAGGGGAAGCCCAGAGUAGACCUGCUAAAAGCCCACCUCACCAAGGAGGGUCGCCUGGAGGAGGUGGUGGCCCUACGUAUCAUCAAUGAGGGAGCCGCCAUCCUGCGCCAGGAGAGGACCAUGCUGGAUAUAGAGGCCCCAGUCACAGUGUGUGGAGACGUCCACGGUCAGUUCUUUGACCUGAUGAAGCUGUUUGAGGUGGGGGGUUCCCCUGCGACGACACGCUACCUCUUCCUAGGGGACUACGUGGACCGGGGUUACUUCAGUAUUGAGUGUGUGUUGUAUCUGUGGUCGUUGAAAAUCCUCUACCCAAAGACGUUAUUUCUUCUACGGGGAAACCAUGAAUGUAGACACUUGACAGAAUAUUUCACUUUCAAAACAGAAUGUAAGAUAAAGUACUCUGAGCAGGUGUAUGACUCGUGUAUGGAUGCGUUUGACUGCCUGCCGCUGGCUGCUCUGAUGAACCAGCAGUUCCUGUGUGUCCAUGGAGGGCUCUCACCAGAGAUCCACACGCUCGACGACAUCAAAAAGCUGGACAGGUUCAAGGAGCCUCCAGCAUUCGGACCCAUGUGUGACCUGCUGUGGGCCGACCCACUGGAGGACUUUGGCAACGAGAAGACACAAGAAUACUUUGGCCACAACACAGUCAGGGGCUGCUCCUACUUCUACAGUUACCCUGCGGUGUGUGAGUUUCUACAGACCAACAACUUAUUGUCUGUCAUCAGAGCACAUGAAGCACAGGAUUCUGGGUACCGGAUGUACAGAAAGAGUCAGACGACAGGCUUCCCCUCCCUCAUCACCAUCUUUUCAGCUCCUAACUACCUGGACGUCUACAACAACAAAGCGGCGGUGCUGAAGUAUGAGAACAACGUGAUGAACAUCCGCCAGUUCAACUGUUCCCCUCAUCCCUACUGGCUGCCCAACUUCAUGGAUGUCUUCACCUGGUCCCUGCCCUUCGUUGGAGAGAAAGUGACAGAGAUGCUGGUGAAUGUUCUCAGUAUCUGUUCAGAUGAUGAGCUCAUGGAGAAUGACGGGGAGGAAGAGGUCUAUGAUGCCAAUGCAGCGGCAGCUAGGAAAGAGGUGAUCAGGAACAAGAUCCGUGCCAUAGGGAAGAUGGCCAAAAUGUUCCAAGUUUUACGGGAGGAGAGUGAGAACGUACUGACCCUGAAGGGACUGACACCCACUGGCAUGCUGCCCAGCGGAGUUCUGUCUGGAGGCAAGCAGACUCUGCAGAGCGCUACCAUUGAGGCCAUUGAAGCCAUCGAUCCUGUUGAGGACUCAGAAGCGAUCCGAGGCUUCUCUCCUCAACAUAAGAUCAAUAGCUUUGCGGAGGCCAAGGGUCUGGACCGGAUCAACGAGCGCAUGCCCCCCCGCCGUGACGCCGUCAACAGUGUGGGUGUCUCCAUGGGCCGCAUGAACAUGGGGGAGCCCAACGGCACCGACAACAACAGCAAUAUACAGUGAUGGACAUACACACAUUUAUACAUAAACACUAAUACACACAGAUAUAAAGUACAUACCCACACAUACACACAUUUAUACAUAAACACUAAUACAGACAGAUAUAAAGUACAUACCCACACAUACACACAUUU